CCGCCUCCUACAGCAAAUUAACCAUGUUUAUAAAUAUAGACAUAAUUCGGUUUUUUAAUCUAUAACAUUGUAAGAAACUAUUAAUUUACAUUAUGUCUGCCGGCUCUCACGAGAGUGACUAUGGCGACCCGACAAAUUUUGAGCUGUCGGAAUUGUUGAUGUUCGAUGAAUGGAUACAGAAUGAUGAUCAUUACCAAACGUCUCUUCUUUCGGUUAAUUCUAGUACCGAAAUUCCGGUUUAUCGAGCUCAGGUGAUCGGAGACUCAGGCGGUGAUGCCGGUGGAGAUACGAGGGAGAAGAAGCCGGAAGUUAAAGAGAGAGUGGCAUUCAAGACUCGGUCGGAAAUUGAGAUACUGGACGAUGGAUUCAAGUGGAGGAAAUAUGGCAAGAAGAUGGUUAAGAAUAGCCCUAAUCCAAGGAAUUACUACCGAUGCUCGGCGGAGGGUUGUCCGGUGAAGAAGAGAGUAGAAAGAGAUAGAGAUGAUCUGAGCUAUGUAAUAACAACCUACGAAGGCAUCCAUAAUCAUCCAACUUCCUAUUAAUUUUUCAAACAUAAAUAUGUAUUAAUGUAUGUUUUUUACUCUCGGUUUAUGUAUAUAUGUUUCCACUCAGUAGUGAAUUAAAGAAUUUGAAUGUUAUUAUUAGAGUUUCUGGA